UCUAGCCUUAGCAGUGAUACUGCUUUCUGACAAGGCAAGGUACUCCUGAAGUGAUGUCUGGAAUUCAAGGAUGGAGGGAUGGCAGCAGGUACAGGAUGGCUACUACCUCCGGUACCCCAGGAUCCUCUCAGGAUUACCUCUGGGAUAGCAACAACAAAAGAGAGGAGGCUGAAAAGCCCCAGAAGCCAACAACAUCUAAAGAGGAGCAAAGUGGCCAAGCAUCAGGCUACCAAUAACAGCAAGAGCAGUACGUCAACCCAUAUGUCUUGAUAACUCCAAACAAAACCAGAAGAAACCAGCUGCAGCAAAUUGCUAAGAAAGAGCUGGAUGACCUGCAGCGGUGGAAGGAAGAGCACAGGCGAAGGCCUAUUAACUUGGUUCCACAGAGACUGGGUGGAAAGCAAUCAGAAGCUCAAGUAAGGCAAAACCAGCAAAUGAUGCUCGUGCAAUCCAAAUACUAGCAAAAGCUCAAGAGAAUAGAACAUAUAAAAGCAAAAAAGGAAGCUGAAGAAACUGAAAUCCUGAAAAAGAAAGCACUGCAGAGAGAAAAGGCAGAGAGACUUGAAGCUAAGAAAAGACAGCAAGAAAUGCAAAGAAGAGAGAUGUUCCUUGAAGAUCAACAUUACAAAACCAAUGAAUUAUUGAACAGAUUGGACUUGGGUUUGCCAAAGAGUGAUUCCUGUCAGAUUGCUAAUCAUGGCGCAGAAUCUACAGCAUGGAUGAGAAGCCAUACAUAUAAGCAAGCUCUUCGAGAGGAUGAAACCAGAAGAUUAGAGGAAAUGAAGCAAGAACAACGGAGGAAGGCUGAAUUAAUGGAAUUUAAACAAAAGCAGGAAGAGGAAGACAGGAUGAGAGCACGUCAAGAUGAACAAAGGAGGGUAAAUAAUGCUUUCCUGGACCGACUCCAGAACAAAACACAACCUACUAACAUCCACCAACCUGAACAUUCUGGGGGCCUGGACUAAUGCAGUAGCAGUGGCUGGGGUAUUGGAGAAAUGCUCACUUUUAUCUGGCCUGGACCAAAUGACCUUGUAAAAGCACCAAGAAAGUGCUCUUUUACCACUGUGAUUUUUUUCUUACCCUGACUUCAGCUUCACACCCACUUCAUGAGCAAUCUGCAGAGACUGCUUUCUAGCUGUCAUUCUUUGCGUACAUUUGACGCAGCUGAUUAUGGAAAUCCUAUUUAAUUUUUAAUAAGAGAAUGUGUGUGUGUGGGGGGAGGGGGUUUAUAUAAAUUGUUUUGCCUCUUGCAGAAUGUAAUUAUCCCAGCCUUUGGGAUCUCAGAAAAAGUAAACAUUAGUGGCUGCAGAAGCCGCAGUAAUAUCUGUGUUUACUUACUGCUCUAUAUCCAGCCAAAACUGUCUCAGAGACUCAAAUUAAAGAAGCAGGUAGAAGGUUUUCUUUUGGGAUAUGAGGAAGAAGUGUUUUUUUGUUUUGUGUUGUUGGAGAUUUUGUGGAAUUGCUUUAUCAUUGUAUUCAACAGCAGAUACUUGAGAGAAAAUGUGUGUAUUGUAGACAGGCUCUUUUAAAUAUGUUCUUAAAAAAA